CCCCCCUCCCAGCCAGCCAUCAAGCGGCACAUUCAUGACGAUACUUUACACACAUACACACACAACACAGAGAGAGAGACAUAAGGAAGGGAUAGAGCGAGAGGAGAUGUAUGUCUGUCUAGCCUCCCCGUGUGGCCGUCAUGUAGACGGGAGUGUCGUCCAUCACGAACUGGGCGCGCCGGGCCGUCUUCCGCACUCCCUGAUGUGACACAAUGGAGCGAAGGUGUGAUGAUGUGAUCUUUCGUGCAUCGGGCUGUGAUGUGACUCACCUCCCAGACUGCGUGGUUGGUGUGCGCGUGUGCAGUGGUGUUUGAGUUUUUCCUGGGCGCGCCGAAGCCCUUCUUGCCGUGCACGAGCUUGUAGAUGGCGCGGGAGGCCUCGUUGGCAUGGUAGUGCGGCACACUGACAGACACGAGGGGAGGGAACACAUUGGAGGAUGGUGUUGUGUUGUGUGUGUGUGUGUGUGUGUGUGUGGCCAUAUAUGCCUACCGCAGCUGCAGGUGUGUGAGCAGGGAGAGGCUCAUGAGGUUGUGGUGGAGCGCAUCGAAGACCCACAGCACAUGCCUGCACACCACACACCGAAGGAAGAGCCAUUCACACACACAGGGUCACAUCGGCCCAGCUGGGUGCGCGCGUCUCUAGCUCGGCAGAGCUGUCGUACGUGUUGGAUCUGAGCCUCUCGGUGGCGUGUGCGAGCCACUCCCACGUGUAAAACUCGCUCUCAUCGCCCUCCUCCUUCUUGGAUGAUGCCCCUAAACCACACACAACACAACACAAUCACCACGUGCUGCCCGCCAUCCAGCGAACGGUCCCACCUUUUCCAGAGUAAGCCCUGAGCAGCCUGGCGUACACACACAGCCACAGGUGCACCACCAGCAGGGGGCCACCGUGCCACAGCAGCAGCGGCGUCCUGCACACAGUUGACACAACCACACACACAAAUGUCUGACUUCUUCCCCCUCCCUCCCUCUUUUUGCCAGACGGACCAUCCGAGUCUGGUGCCGAUGUAGUAGUUGACAGUGAGCGACAGCAGCAUGCCCACGAAGCUGAGGAGCCCCUUGGGCAGGUUGAGGAACCCGAAUGCAUCCCACUUGAGGGCGGUCAGCAGGGAGUCCCGCGGCUUGAGCUUGGCCGUGUCGGGCACAGCCACAGCGUGGUUCCUGUAGGGGAUGAGGAAGGCCGAGUGCACCAGCCACCCCAGGGUGUGGUCCACCACCUCGUAGCCGGAGAAGCGCACAUUGCCGCACUCGUAGCCGAUGACCCACAGACCCAAAGCUGCCGUGCCCUGAGAAUAAGAAACGCAUUAAGGCAGGCACCCUUGUGUGUGUGUGUGUGUGUGAGGAGUGUGAGGGGUACCUGGACGAGGGCGUAGAUGAUCCAGACGGCCACUUUGACGGCGGCCAUCCACUGGCUGGUCUGCGGGCCUUCCUGCAGGAUGAUGCUUGAGAAGACCCCCAGGCUGAGGUGGAGCACCGCCAUGACCGACACCACCGCGCCGAUGGCCACCACGUCACGCACAAAGGUGAACUGCAUCAAACACACACACACACACACAUCCAUCCAUCCAUCCAUGUGUGUGUGUGGUCUGGUAUCUCACAGAGCUGAGUAGGAGUGAGGUCCUCUGGCAGUGUGGCGGGAUGACCGACUGCAGGUCCUGCUCACUUGGGAUCUGCACACAGCACACCGCGUUCACACACUCAGCAGCCUGUGUCUGUGUUGUGUGUGUAUACCUUCUCGAGUGUCUGCUGCUGCGUCUCGGCUGACGUCUCGGCAUUGACGGCGAGCUUGCUCUUCCGCUGCUCCCAGAACUUGGUCGCCCGCUUCCUGUCCGUCACCCAGCCAAUGGCCGCCAUGCUGUCGAUGAAGAUCUUCGCAGUGUUCCACUGACACGCCAUCCCCAGCUCACUGAACAAGCACGCACACACGCUCAGGAAUCAUCUCACUGAGAUGAGAGCUUCUCUUGACCUGGCGGCAUAGUCGAAGGGAUAGACGUGGUGCCAGUUGUGCCAUCCCUCGCCGGUGGUGAGCCAGGCCACGAGAGCGCUCUCAGCGGGGUUGAUCUGGUCGUCGUAGGGCCGCUCGCCCCACAGGUGGGCCACGCUGUUGACGCACCAGGUGGCGUGCAGCUCCACGAUCCAGCGGAAGAUGCCCAGCACGAAGAACCCAAGCCAGAAGCUCCCGUACACGGCCAUCGUGUAGUAGCCAGGCACAACUGCACCCACCCACACAACAACACGACGCAGUGACGUGACGGGGGGAGGGGAGGAAGGUGGAGAAUGGCGGUCGGUGCUCUGCUCACUGUAGCAGAAGAAAAAGGCGAGCCACGGGUCAGCGUUCUUCUGGAAGACCACCACGGGGUCCUGCAGCAGGUCUGAGCAGUCGAUCUCGCGGCCCGCCUGCUUGACGGCGUCGGGCUUCUUGAGGAUGAGCCACCCCAUGUGGGAGUACCAGAAGCCGCGCUUGGCGUUGUGCGGGUCCUUCUCCGUCUCAGAGUGCUUGUGGUGCGUUCGGUGGUCCCGCGCCUGCACCCACCACAUACACAGAGAGAGAGGGAGAGAAAGGUUGUGCACACACACAUGGGGGAAAUGGGUGUGCGGUGUCUCUGACCCAGUGGUAGAUGGAUCCCUGGUUGGCGAUGGAGUUGAGGACCAUGAGGACGAUGCGGGCGGGGAGGUUGGCCUUGUAGCUGCGGUGGGCCCACAGCCGGUGGGCGCCAGCUGUGAUGCCCAGCCCCGAGAUGUUCCAGAUGAGGAUCACCUCGAUCAGCAGCCGCACGCGGGACGGGUGGGCGAGCAUCAUCAUCAGGCCCACCAAAGCCAAGAAAUGCAUCGUUGACAAAAACACGGUCAUGCCGCUGCGCACGCUCUGAAGGACGAGAAGAACAAACAUCGGUUUUAACACACCACACCAACACAUGGGGGUGUGCCUCACUCAUUCACUGACUCACCGGGACGUAGUUCUUGAGGUAGAAGUGUGCGAAGAGGAUGGUGUAUGAGAAGUACAUGAGGAGUGCGCCCAUGGCGUUGUUGUAGUGGGAGAGGUCGCCCGUCACCGCGGGGUUCAGCAACGCCGCGAUCGUUAUCGCCAGACCGACAAACAUCUGCACAUGCAGCGCACCACACACACAUGGCAUAAGCGUCGCGUGCGACGUGUGCUGUGUGUGUGGGGGCAUCCCCCCUCCCUCACUUGGCUGAGCUGGGCGCCGGUAAUGUAUGGCCGCAGCUUAUACAAAAUCCUGACCGAUCAUCACAGUACACAGACAGACAGACAGACAGACAAAGAUAGAUGGCACGGAUCUGUGUCGGUGGGAGUGUGUGUGUGAGUAUAUGUGUGUCGUUUACUUACUUGUUCCUAGCGAAAAGGACAGAGAGAGCGUAGUAGAGGUACAUGACGCCGUGGAUGCAGAGGUUGAUGAAGACGAACAGGUGGGCGAAAGACACAUUCAGCGACUGCGCGUGCCAGCAAUACAGCGCCUGAGAGAUAAGAUAGGCCAGCACACCCAUCACACCCAUCACACAUGACACAAUUGAUUGACACAGCCGGCCUGUCGGUGCUGACCACUGUGAGGUGGUGGUAGGCAUGCAGGAACGUGAUCGGCCGCUUCCGCAGCGCCAGCAGCACCGUGUCGCCGAACUCCAACGCCUUGGUCAAGGUGAACAGCGUCACCACUGCACGAGUGUUGGGCUGAUCCAUCACACAAAACACAGCGACACUCACAAGUGAGACACUGUCUUUCGCCGCAUAGUGCGUGUGUCGGUCUGUCUCCUCCCUGCCCACCAUGUAGUCCCUCUCGUGGGCAAACGGCGUCAGAAUCAGCCGCCAGUCGUCCAGAAGCUGCACACACAGCACACAGCCAGCCCACACACACACACACACAAGGGAGACAGAACAGUCACUCGACACCGCCCAGCCCAGCCACCCCCCUGUCUCGUGUGUGAGUGCUGGCUGACGAUGAGUAUGGCUCCGAGGAUGGAGAGGACGGCCAGCACGAAGUUCCAGGCAAAAAUGAAGGGCUUGAUGGGCAGCGGCUCCCGCUUCCUCAUCCAGUGCCGCAGCGCCAUGAUGACCGGCAGGUACAGCACCAUCGACGCCAGUAGCGGCCACUUGAGGUCUGCCGCCAGCUGUGCGCCGCGGCCGGGUGUCCAGUACCCCUGGCUCACUGGAGAGGGCGCCAUGGUGGUUGAGAUGUGCUCGGCCGAG